AUGUAUUUCUCCAACAUCGUUAUCGGUGCUCUUGCAGCCCAGGCCCUUUCUGGUGACAGAAGGCCGACCCCAGCACUGGCUGGAAAGUUCGCGGCCUUGAUGGCUUCUGCAGCUCUACCAGUCUCUGGCGUGCCAGUGAUUGGCCUCAUCGAACCCCGAUCGCCCGAGAUCUUGGUGCUAAGUGGUGGUGGACAGCAGGACCAGGGACAACAGGAUGGUAGCGACGACGCCCAAGACGAUCAGAACGAGCAAGAUGACGAGAAUGCACAAGAUAACCAGGACGGCCAGGACGGACAAAAUGGCGGUGGCAGACAAGGCCGAGGUGGCAGGAACGGCAAUAACGGCAACGACCAAGGCAACGGUAAUGGCAAUGGCAAUGGAGGAAACCAAAACAAUGGAGGAAACCAGGGCGAUCAAGCUACUGCCACCGAGUCCCUUGCUACCGCCGUUGACACAGCUACCAACGCUGCCACCGAUGUCGCCACCGAUGUCGGUGCCAUCCAGAGCCGCAUCGCCAACGAGACCGUCGUCACCCGAUCUCUUGGCCCCGGCCAGCUUCUCCCCCCCGGACAGACUGAUGCUGUCAACACUCCUGGCCAGGAGACUCCUGCAGCUACUCCAACAGGUGCUGCUGGCGAGACCGGAGCUGCCGGUGACACUGCUGCUGUGACCGAAGCCCCCGCUGCUACCGACACUGCUGCCGCUACUGAUGGUGCCGCUGCUACUGUCACUGUCACCGCUACUGUCACUGUCGACAACGGUAACGGGAACGGUAAUGGAAGGGGACGAAACAGGGGCGGUAACAACGGAAACAAUGGCAAUGGCAACGGCAACGGCAACAAUGGAAACGCUGGCCAGAACAACGGCAAUGACGCCGCCAACGGGGGUAACGCUCAGAAUGGAAACGGCAACAAGGAUGCUGGAAACAACAACGGUAACGCCAACGACGGCGCUGCUAACGAUGGUGCUGCCAAUGGAAACAAGGGCAACGCUGGUAACAACGAUGGCGCCGCUGCUGGCGGAGAUGCUGCUGCAGGAGGUGACGCUGCUCAAGGUGGCAAUGGUGCUGACGCCGGUGGUGCCGGAGGUCUUCUCGGCAGCAUCCUCGAGCGCCUGACAGGAGGAGCCGGUGCCGGUGCUGGUGCAGCUGCCGGCAAUAACUAG